GGCGACGAACCAAACUAGAGUACAGUAGUAAGCUCCUCCACCCUUGGCCCCGUACCAACCAGGCCAACUCCAGACUCUGUUCGUCUCGAAUCCGACCCAUUGCUGCCAAUUGCUCCCACCAUCCUCAACCAUGCUCCUCCAAGGUCGUCGACGUGUUCAAAAUCUCUAUAUAAGUCCACCUCCUCUCCCUCAAUUACCAUCAUCAUCAUCCAACAGCAUCUCUCAAUCAAUCAUCAAUACAUUCAUCCAUCCACCGAUCUCAUAAAGCAAUCAAUCCAAUAGUCUCAUCUACAUUUUACUCCAUCUCAAAUCUCCUCACUCAAUCAUCAUUAGAGAGUCAUCUAUCAGACAACAUUACUAAAACAAUCACUCCGCUCGCAAUUCUCAGCACAAACCACAUCUUAAACACUCUGCCAAAGAUCUCCAGAGUCGCUACCAUCACCAAAGAAAUGACUACCGGAGCAUUCCAAGGCCAGCGCCGGCCAUCGGCUGCUGAGGCCAUUGCCAAUGACCGUUCCAAGAAGGCCGUCGAUGACCACACCGUCACCGGCGCUUCUCAGAUCACCACUCGCCAAUCUCUCUUCCCCGUCGCCCUCGUCACCAUUCUCUUCUUCAUGUGGGGUUUCGCCUAUGGUCUUCUCGAUGUCCUGAACAAGCAUUUCCAGGAGGUGCUUGACAUCUCUCGUGCCGAAUCCUCGGGUCUUCAGGCCGCCUACUUUGGUGCCUACUUCAUUGGUCCUCUGACCUACUCGGGAUGGAUCGUGCGCAAGUUUGGCUACCGCUACACUUUCAUGACUGGUCUCUGCAUCUACGGUGUUGGUGCCCUGAUGUUCUGGCCUUCGGGUAUGAAGCGUUCCUUUGGCGGCUUCUGCGGUUCCAUGUUCAUUGUCGGCUCCGGUCUCUCCACCCUCGAGACUUCUGCCAAUCCCUUCAUUGCUACUUGCGGUCCGACCAAGUACUCUGAGAUGCGUCUCAACCUUGCUCAGGCUUUCCAGGCCAUUGGUACCGUCGUCGCUCCCAUCCUCGCUUCGCAGGUCCUCUUCAAGAAUGUUGGCGGUGAGAAUGGCAAGUCCCUUCAGAGCGUCCAAUGGGUCUACCUUGGCAUUGCCAUCUUCGUCUUCUUCCUUGCCGUCGUCUUCUUCUUCGCUCCCAUUCCCGAGGUGACCGACGCCGACAUGGCCGACCAGGCUGAACAGACCUCUGCCGACACCGGUUUCGAGGACAAGCCCCUGCGCAAGCAGUACACUCUCUUCUGGGGUGUCGCUGCUCAAUUCUGCUACGUCGGUGCUCAGGUCGCCAUUGCCGGCUACUUUAUCAACUACGUCACCGAGGUCAAGCCCGGCAUGACUUCUGCCACUGGCUCCAACCAGCUCGCCAUUGCUCAGGGUCUCUUCGCCAUUGGUCGUUUUGUCGCCGGUAUCUCGAUGAAGUUUGUCAAGCCGCGCUACGUCCUCCUCGCCUUCAUGACCGCCAUCAUCGCCUUCAUCUCGGCCGCCAUCGCCACCAAGGGUGACAUCGGUAUCGCCAUGCUCUCGCUCGUGCUCUUCUUUGAGUCGUGCAUCUUCCCGACCAUCUUCACCCUUGCCAUCCGUGGCCUCGGUCGUCACACCAAGCGCGGUGCUUCCUUUGUCGUUGCCUCGGUCUCGGGUGGUGCCGUCUUCCCCCCCAUUCUCGGUGUCGUCUCCGAUGCCCUCAACAGCACCCGCCUCGCCAUGUGUGUGCCCCUGGCUGGCUUCGCCAUUGCCUGGUCCUUCCCCAUCUACCUCAACCUCUUCCAGGCCCAGAAGCUCGAUGGCUUCCGCAACACUCGCGUCGGCAUUGACUCCCCCGAGUCCCACAAGGACGACCUCGAGAAGGGUGGUGCCGUCCAGAUUGAGUACGUUCCUGCUCACUAGUCUGACGAUUCCUCACUCACCUGUACGAUAUCCUAUGGCGUUUCUCUGAUUUGUUUUACGAUCUUGGCGUUUUGGCUCCUGGGUUUCGAUGAUUACGAACUUUGGAAUGCAUCUCAUGUACGGUAUAGCGUAUCUUUUGUCACGAGUCUCAUUUUGGCUACCAUUUUCUGCAUUUUCACUUUUUUUUUUUCGGCAUAGACAUGCUAUAGAGCAUAGAGCUAGAGUCUAGACUGGAGUCUCAUCGGAGCUUCACUUUUUCUUGAGAAAUGCAUCAUUUCAAACACU